CCCAGAAAUCAAAAAAAAAAAAAAAAAACUAAAUUUCCUCUCUUUUUUUUUGUUCUCGUUAAAUUUUCUGUGGUUCCGGUCACCGCAGCUCUGUCAUCAUCUUCUCUUCUCUCUGCAUCAUCUUCUUCUUCUUCAUCUUCAUCUACCAAUUGCUACUCAGAAUCUCUGUGAUUGUCUCCGUAAAAUCUCGAUCUGUAUCGUGAAGUGAAUUUAGGAUCGUUGUGUCUGUGUUUUCUGGUUUUAAAUUUGAAUUUUGUGUGUGAAGUCUUAGAUUCAAUUUCGUGUGAGCUGUUCGGAUUUGCUUUGGGGGUAUAUAUAUAUCGUUCUGUGAUCUAUUUGGGGGGUUUUGUUCCCUUUUUUCUUGUGAAUUCGUUUAUUGUUGUCUCGUCGGCCCGAGUUUAUCGGAGCUCCGGGUCUGACGUGAGUUUUUCAAAUGGCGGCGUCAGAGAGAUCGAUUGAAAAAGAAGUUGACAUGGGUUCUUCGUUUCUUCAAAAAUUCAGGCUUUACGAGACCCGCUCGAGCUUCUAUAUGAUCGGAAGAGAUAAAAACCGAACGUCUUGGAGGGUCCUCAAGUUAGAUAGGACAGAGCCAACAGAGGUCAACAUUUAUGAAGAUUCAACAGCUUACACAGAAGCUGAGUGCUUUGAAACUUUGACAAGGAUACAUGAAGGAAACAGAUCAUCUGGUGGCUUGAAAUUUGUCACCACUUGCUACGGGAUCAUCGGAUUUAUAAGGUUCUUGGGACCCUAUUACAUGCUGAUAAUCACUAAAAGAAAGAAGCUUGGUGAACUUUGUGGGCACACUGUUUAUGGUGUUGCUAAGAGCAAAAUAAUCACGAUUCCACAUGCCUCUGUGCUAUCCAAUGUGGCUUAUUCUAAGGACGAGAAAAGGUACAAGAGGCUGCUCUGCACUGUUGAUCUCACAAAGGACUUCUUCUUCAGCUAUUCCUAUCACAUCAUGCAUACACUUCAGAGAAAUCUGUCUAACAAUGUGGAAGGACACACUUACUACGAAUCGAUGUUUGUCUGGAACGAAUACUUAACUCGAAGGAUUCGGAAUAACGUGAAGGACUGUAUGUGGACAGUUGCCUUGGUAUAUGGAUUUUUCAAACAGGUCAAACUAUCAGUUUCUGAGAAGAAUUUUAGAUUGACUCUAAUUGCUCGCCGAUCUCGGCAUUAUGCUGGUACAAGAUAUCUGAAACGUGGUGUAAACGAGAAAGGCAGGGUAGCUAAUGAUGUCGAGACAGAGCAGAUUGUUUUCGAGGAAGCUCAGGACGGUAAUCCUGUCCGAAUAAGUUCUGUAGUUCAGAAUCGGGGUUCAAUUCCUUUGUUCUGGUCUCAGGAGACCUCACGCUUGAAUAUCAAACCUGAUAUAAUAUUGUCAGCGAAAGACCCCAAUUUUGAGGCAACCAGACUGCAUUUUGAAAAUCUUGGAAGGAGAUAUGGGAAUCCAAUCAUCAUAUUGAACUUGAUAAAGACGCGCGAAAAGAGGCCUCGGGAGACUAUUCUGCGUGCAGAGUUUGCAAAUGCAAUUAGAUUUAUUAAUAAAGGGUUAAGCAAGGAGGAUCGUCUAAGGCCUCUUCACUGGGACUUGCAUAAACACUCCAGGAAAAAAGGCACAAACGUGUUGGCAAUUCUUGGCAGGUUGGCUACUUAUGCUCUGAACUUGACUGGCAUCUUCUACUGUCAGCUAACUCCAGAUCAAAGAGGAGAUGGGUUUCAGAACCAGAAUCCAUCCACCUUGGAGAACAACAAUGGUGAAUGUUCUACUUAUGAUAUACUCAGUAAAGAUGAAACUGCACCAAAUUUGGCGGUCGAAAUUGGUGAUGAUAGUAAGGAUGCUAAGGAAGAUCAGCAAAAGGAAGCUACCAUGCUGCAGAAAGGAGUCCUGAGGACCAAUUGCAUAGACUGUUUAGAUCGCACCAAUGUUGCUCAAUAUGCAUACGGGUUGGUAGCAUUUGGGCGUCAACUCCAUGCUUUGGGAUUGACAGAGUCUACUACUAUUGAUCUAGACAAUCCCCUCGCUGAAGAUUUGAUGGGAAUUUAUGAGACAAUGGGUGAUACGCUUGCUCUUCAGUAUGGAGGAUCCGCGGCACACAACAAGAUAUUUUGUGAAAGGCGUGGUCAAUGGAGAGCAGCAACUCAGUCACAGGAAUUCUUCAGAACUUUACAACGUUACUACAGUAACGCCUAUAUGGAUGCCGAAAAGCAAGAUGCAAUUAACGUGUUCUUGGGAUACUUUCAGCCACAACCAGAUAAGCCAGCGCUAUGGGAAUUGGGUUCUGAUCAGCAUUACAAUGCAGCAAGAUUUCUUGCCAAUUCUGUACCGGAGAAUUCAAGGUCUACGAUGAAACGAUCUCUAUCAGAAAGUAGCAUCAUUAGCGAGAGCAGUCCAGCCGCGUUGGGACCAGUAGGUAGACAUGGUGUAGCUGAAAAAGAUGAAGAAGUUAAAGGUCUUUCAGAUUCAGCACCUGAGAUUUCGACGUCUGAAACUGCCAAGAUUGCUGCUAGUUUGAGUGCUCCACCACCGACAUUAGAGGAAUUAGGAUUAGACGAUAUUCUUGAAAACGAUUGUUUCUGCUGUGAUGGGAAUGGGGAGCAAUGUACAUGUGCAGCUUUUGAUUUGGAUUGGGUAUCUUCUUCAGGAAACUCUUGUGAAGAUGAGAGUUACGGAAGAUCCACAGUGGUUAGAUCCUUUGAAACAAUCCCUGAAAGUAGGAAAAUAGAGUCAGAAAUUUGUGUUGUUGAAGAAGCUGAUUCAGACAAUAGAAAGGUAAAUGAAGAAGAAGCCAUUUCCGGGAUUCCUGAAGGUUAUGUGAAGUGGGUGAUGGAUGAAGACGGUCAUUUCUGGUGAGAAAACAGAGCUUUUCAAAGACGUUAAACCUGCCCAUAUGAAACAAACAAACAAAAAGCAAAAAGAAUAUCAUACUCCCUGUUAGUGGUGACAAAGAAAGAAAAUAACCAAAAAGGAAUUACUAACCGUCGUUUCAUUUAUUAAUCGAAUUGGAAGGAAAAAAAAAAGGUUAGAAGGUGAAAUGGUAAGAAAGAGAGAGAGAGGAUAGCAACACCAACAAGCUUGUAAAUAAUUUACAAAAAGAUAUGAUGGUGAUUGAAAAUAGCUGAGAUCUUGUUCCAUAUUUCCUUUUGACUUCUAUAUUUUAUUUUUUUUGGGGAAUUCUUGACAAUAAAACAGAAGUGAGUACCUUCAUAGUU